AAUUGGGCAGGGCGGAUGGAUUCAAGUGUGCUCCAGGGGAAAGGACCCGGCAUCCAAAGGGACUUUGAAAAUGAGCAUUACAGCUAUGUCUCCUCCAACAUCGCGCCUGGCCUGCCCCUCACUGUGGCCCACCCCUCGCUGCCAGCCCCAUGCCACGACCUGCAGACCUCGGCCCCGGGCGUCUCAGCCGCUGCGUCCGCGAGUCACCCCGCGGGGUACGGUGGAGCUGUGGACGGCGGGCCCUCAGGCUACUUUCUCACUUCGGGCAACGUCAGGCCCAACGGGGCGCCGGCUCUGGAGAGCCCCCGCAUUGAGAUCACCUCGUACCUGGGGCUGCACCACAGCGGCAGCCAGUUUUUCCAUGACGUGGAGGUGGAGGACGUCCUGCCCAGCUCCAAGCGGCCCCCGUCCACGGCCACCCUGAACCUGCCCAGCCUGGAGGCCUACCGGGACCCCUCGUGCCUGAGCCCGGCCAGCAGCCUGUCCUCCCGCAGCUGCAACUCCGAGGCCUCGUCCUACGAGUCCAGCUUCUCCUACCCGUACGCGUCCCCGCAGACGUCCCCCUGGCAGUCCCCCUGCGUGUCCCCCAAGACCACAGACCCCGAGGAGGGCUUUCCCCGCGGCCUGGGGGCCUGCAGCCUGCUCGGGUCCCCACGGCACUCGCCCUCCACCUCGCCCCGCACCAGCAUCACUGAGGAGAGCUGGCUGGGCACCCGCACGUCCAGGCCCCCGUCCCCCUGCAACAAGAGGAAGCACGGCCUCAACGGCCGGCAGCUGUCCUGCUCCCCCCACCACUCGCCCACGCCGUCGCCGCACAGCUCGCCGCGGGUCAGCGUCACUGACGACACGUGGCUGGGCAACACCACGCAGUACACGAGCUCAGCCAUCGUGGCCGCCAUCAACGCCCUGAGCACCGACGGCAGCCUGGACCUGGGCGACGGCGUCCCAGUCAAGGCCCGCAAGACCGCCCUGGACCACUCUCCUUCGGUGGCGCUCAAGGUGGAGCCGGCCGGCGAGGACCUGGGCACCACGCCACCCACGUCCGACUUCCCGCCUGAGGAGUUCUCGUCCUUCCAGCACAUCCGCAAGGGCGCCUUCUGCGACCAGUACCUGUCGGUGCCGCAGCACCCGUACCCGUGGGCCCGGCCACGCUCGCCCACCUCCUACGCCAGCCCAACUCUCCCGGCCCUCGACUGGCAGCUGCCGUCUCACUCAGGACCCUAUGAGCUGAGGAUUGAAGUGCAGCCCAAGUCUCACCACAGAGCCCAUUAUGAGACGGAGGGGAGCCGGGGGGCUGUGAAGGCGUCGGCCGGAGGACACCCCAGUGUGCAGCUGCACGGCUACGUGGACAGCGAGCCACUCACCCUGCAGCUGUUCAUUGGGACGGCGGACGACCGGCUGCUGAGGCCCCACGCCUUCUACCAGGUGCACCGCAUCACCGGGAAGACCGUCUCCACCACCAGCCACGAGGCCAUCAUCUCCAACACCAAGGUCCUGGAAAUCCCACUUCUGCCGGAGAAUAACAUGCGCGCAAUCAUCGACUGUGCUGGGAUUCUGAAGCUCCGGAACUCAGACAUCGAGCUGCGCAAAGGGGAGACGGACAUCGGGAGGAAGAACACCAGGGUGAGGCUGGUCUUCCGUGUCCACAUCCCGCAGCCCAGCGGCCGGACACUGUCCCUGCAGGUCGCCUCCAACCCCAUCGAGUGCUCCCAGCGGUCAGCCCAGGAGCUGCCCCUCGUGGAGAAGCAGAGCGCGGCCAGCUGCCCUGUCCUCGGUGGGAAGAGGAUGGUCCUGUCCGGCCACAAUUUUCUGCAAGACUCCAAGGUCAUUUUCGUGGAGAAGGCACCAGACGGGCACCACAUCUGGGAAAUGGAGGCGAAGACUGAUGGAGACCUCUGCAAGCCGAACUCGCUGGUGGUCGAGAUCCCGCCUUUUCGCAAUCAGAGAAUAACCAGCCCCGUCCAAGUCAGCUUCUACGUCUGCAACGGGAAGAGAAAGAGAAGCCAGUACCAGCACUUCACCUACCUGCCCGCCAAUGUUCCAGUCAUAAAAACAGAGCCCAGUGACGACUACGAGCCUGCUCUCACCUGUGGACCAACGCGCCAGGGCCCGAGCCCCCUCCCGAAGCCUUGCUACGGCCAGCCGCUGGCCACGCCGCCCGACCCGGCCUCCUGCCUCGGGGCCGGCUUCCCGCCCUGUCCGCAGAGAAGCACCGGGAUGUCCCCGCCGCCCAGCUCCAGCCCGAAGCUCCACGACCUCUCUGCUGCCCCCUACAGCCAGGGCGUGGCCAGCCUGGGCCACGGCCACCUCGGACUUCAGCGGCCAGCCGGAGGGGUGCUCACCGGCCAGGAGGCACCGAGGCCCACGGGCGUGCACCCCGGCUCCCCCCAGCUGCCGCCGCCCACCCUGCUGCAGCCACAGGUGAGUCCACAGCUGAGCAGCUGCUGCUUCCCGGGCCACCGGCCAGCUCUCUGUCCCAACAGCCCCUCCUCGCCACCGCCCCGUGCCCAAGAGCCGGCCUGUUUGCAGCCCUGCAGCCCCACCCGCCCGUCUGCGAUGGGCCACCAGCAGCACCCCCCGCCGAAGGUCCCAAGGAGCGAGCCUGCCGCCACCCGGCCUCUGCUGCCGCCCGAGGUGCGUGAGGACAGUAACCAUAGUCUGGCCCCCAUUCCCGUAACGGUCAAGCGCGAGCCUCAAGAGCUGGACCAGCUGGACCUGGAUGACGUAAAUGAAAUAAUACGAAACGACCUCUCCAGCACGAACAUCCACUCCUAGGUGGCGACGUCGGACUCUGAGAAGCCGCGUGAUGUCGCCUUGACAGUGACAACUUCUGCGUAAACAGACUGAGCUCACACCUGGUGCCACUCAGAACUCCCACCUUCUUGAAGGUUUUAGCAUUUGUACAAAGAAGGAGCUCGAGGGAGGAAGGAACGACCACUCCACCUUCUGAAGGAAAGUCAUCUCAAGGAGGAAGUGAAAGUGGGGGGGGGGGAGUGCAGGAGACAGACCGCGGGCGGCUCCCCGCGACCUGGCGGCCGACCCCAAGCCGUACCCUUCGGGCACCCCUGGAGCUCAUACUGGAAGUGCCUUAUUCACCCAGACCACAGCAUCAGGGCAUCAUAGGGCUGAGCGCUGAACUUGCUACCAGGAGGGCGUGUGUAGGAGCGAGCCUGUAAAGACGCCUCGUCACCAGGCUUUGUCCCUGUGUACGCUGAGAGGGCUGGGCACUGUGGGAAAACCCAACACUCGUCUCCUACUUUUUUCGGCUUUCCUGGGCUGGACGUGUUCAGUGCGUCUCAGAGCUCUUCCAGUGUGUCAUCUCAGUGCUUUCAGGACAUCGUCCCCUCCGUGUUACUCAAACCGUAGGGCUGUUCGUUGCAGCAUGCUAGGUCUUUGUGUUUAAUCUGCCUUUGAACAUAGCACCCAGGAGUGGAAUAGCACAAGAUAGGUUGCUGGGCAGAAAAAGAGACCUGUCCCAGGACAGAGCUGGCACCUGCACGUGCGCACAUGCUUAGGUGAAUGUUUGUGUGUGAGCAGCAGCAGAGGUGGUGACGCUCAGGCGGCGCCCGGCACGGACAUCCGUGUCAGCAGUAGCCAGUGUCCCGCCUGGAAGAUGCACCAGGGCUGCACACCUGGCUUCCCAGCCAUUUCCGCGGGGCGUCACGCCCGACAGGUCUGCAUUUUAUCUCCUCGAGCAGGUGACCGAGCACUUUAGAAGCCCGGAGACCUGUGUUCACAACAUCGUCUGUUACCAAAUGGCAAAAUUGGAAAGUAACUGUAAAUAACAUUACAGAAGGAGUGUAAUAUAUUUGUUCAGCUGUAAGAUGAUUAUUUCACAGAAGCCUUAUAACUGCUUCAUGUAAGAAAACAGUUACCAAAAACAGCGUUUGAAUAUGCGGCGACUGUGGUGUGUUUCCAGCUUAGUUGCUCUUAACAGGUAGGUUAGCGUAAGCUUUACUCUGCGUUUUGUCCAAUUAACAGCUUAUCACACAUUAUCGCCAGCAGAGACCCGUUGUUUCACGUAACCAAAAAGCAUGGUUUAGUUAAAACGGUUCAGCUAACAACUGUGCCUUAGGAACUCACGCCCCCUCGUGGGACGCAGCUGAAUCGCACCCGGGGGGCGGCCGGGACGCAUCCAGCCCAAGAUGGGCGCUCGCCCACAGGAAGAACCACUCUCGCGGCGUUCUUCUGCACGGUGACGUCUCGCUUUGUUUGAAGCCACAGAAAGACACAAACAUCUGAAAGCCUUGCCUGUAACGUUUACACAGGACUGUGAAUCACUGAAGAUCUGUGGCUUCUUGUCUGUAACAGAGUCCUGCCCCUGCCGCCCGCGACCCCGGCCCACCCUGCGUGUGGCCGCGUGAGACCUGCACGGAACACUUCUGGGUAGACUGCCUCGGGAGAGGACGUGUCUGCCUCUGUGCCGGCUGUCUCUGUAGCUAGAGAGUAGACCCAAUAAAGCGCUGUGUUCUGCUGGACGG